AUGGAUGGUGCGAUCAAGGAUUUGGCUGCUCAGCUCAACAAAGAAGAUUCGUCGUUCACCCACGCAGCCCUACACACUCUCAAGCAAGCUCCCCAAGCUCUUCUAGAUCUGCUCUCUGGCUGCUACAGGUAUAUGGUCAAGACCAGCGAGCCGGCUGUGCAAGCUGCUCGGCCGACCAAAGCGCAGAUGGGCGUCAUCGCGUUCGGAGCUGCAUGCUACUGUGGAGGAACCCAUGCUUUGGCUUCUCUGUUGAGCAAGGUCGUGGCAUCGCAGCCUGAAUCGUCGCUGCUGUUAUCCAGCCUCCAGAACAUGCUUGGACUCGCCGUCCAGACAUCAUCGCUGCCAAUCCUCCUCGCCAUGACGCCUCGCUUCAAAAAUGCCUUUCGCAGGCUUCAGAAAUCCAACAUCUCCAAGAGAUUCUUCACAUCGCAUCGCGUUGUCCAAGACUCUCGCAAAGAAGUCGCCUUUCGCGAUCUGGUCAUCAACCAUCCAGACCUACUCGACCGGCCCUUUCCCAUGGCAGCCGUCUUCAACGACUUGCGCAAUCUACAAGCGCUUCGCGGUUUGUCGAGCAACCGCGAUUAUAAGCUCGCCGAGCGUCGACUGUUUCGGGUGCAGCACGAGUCGGAGUUGGGUCAAGGCGCACCACUGACAGUGCGACAGGUGACGCAACUGCUUCAGCCAGACGACAGUGUGGGGCGCGUAUACGGGAUUGGAGCCACCAAAGCGGAACGAUUCGUCCAAGCCGGCUUUCUGACGCUCGAGCAGCUCCGUGAAGCAUCGCUGGAGCGAGCUCAGCGCAUCGGGCUAAAGCAUAUGGACGACAUCGAGUGUUUGAUCCCUCGAUCCGAGUCUGAGCAGUGGCGAGACAUCAUGCUCGACGUGUUCCGCACUGUAGAUCCGCAUCUCGGCGCCGAGCUGCUGGGAAGCUUCCGACGCGGUGACCUUUACUUUUCCGAUCUCGACUUUGUCCUCUUCCACCCCGAUGUGAUCAAUUUGCGCAAUCCUCGCCCGGAUAACCCGACCAAGUACGACCCGCAUCCGCUCGCCGCCUCCCUAAUCACUUCGGUCAUCGACGAGCUGCGCGUUCGGAGCCUGCUGGCAAACGACGUGCUCGCCCACGGCCCACUUGCCAUGGAAGGUCUUGUCCGCCUCGACUCAUCCUCCAAGGUUCGUCGCAUCGAUCUCAACUUCGCCCCCUUCACCCGGCACGCUUUCUAUACGCUAGCAAAGACAGGCGAUGCAGAUUUGAUGGUCCAUCUCCGCGCGAAGGCCAAAGCUAGAGGUUGGGCGCUCAACGAGUAG